AUGGCCGGCUGCAGCCCUGAGGAGAAAACUUACCGGCGCUUCCUGGAGCUAUUCCUGGGCGAGUUUCGCGGACCGUGCGGCGGCGGCGAGCCCCAGCCGGAACCCGAACCCGAAGAGUCGGAGCCCGAGCCCGAGCCCGAGCCCGAACUGGUGGCAGCUGAGGCGCGCGAGGCGUCGGUCGAGGAAGCCGGGGAGGCGGCGGCCGCGGGGGCCGCGUCGGAGGAGGGGGGGCACGAGCAGGAGCGAGAAGACCCCGAGCCCGAGGAGGAGGCGGUGGAGGAGGAGGCGGCGGCGGCGGCGGGCGAGGAGGCGGCGGCCCGGGGGCAGUCGGCCGUGCCGCCGCCGCAGACCCGGCUGCCGCCGCUGCCCCCGCUGCCGCGGCCACUGUCGGAGCGCAUCACCCGCGAGGAGGUGGAGGGCGAGAGCCUGGACCUGUGCCUGCAGCAGCUCUACAAAUAG